GGUACGAAAUACCAAUCCUGUCUGCCAUUUCCAAUUACCUAAAUCUUAGCUGUAAACACACAACCUCCCACCUCAAGUCUGCAACUUUCACCUUCUAGAAAUUACUGCAAUAUCAUUCACACACACCCACUGCUUCAACACCCUUUCAUGGAGAAUCUCUCUCGCUCUUUCUUCCUUUCCCAUAUCAAUCGUCAAUCCAAUCUCAAUUUCAAGAAAUAAACGAGCCCCACCCAAUAAUCACUCCUGCAUUUACUCUUUUAACCUAUACUUGAAAAUGUCCAUCUUCUUCUUCGUUUUCCCCUUCAUUUUCAUGUUAAGAUGUACAAAAUCUGGCAUCGAAGCCACCGACACUGCCGUCCACAACCGCCGGACGCUGCACCAACCGUUCUUCCCACAAGAUUCACCCGGUGUACCUCCGUCGUCGUCGUCAUCUGAUGUACCGUUUACACCUAACCCCACUACGACAAACCCAUCGCCGCCGGAUGGUCAGCCGUUUUUCCCAUCUAUUCCAUCUCCCCCGCCUCCGCCGUCUGAGUCGACUACGUCUGCUUCUUUUCCGGCUAAUAUAUCCUCACUCAACCUUCCCACUUCCCCCAAAUCGAAACCGGUUUCAUCAAAACUCAUCGCGACUGCGGUUACACUGGUGAUUGCUGCCGCCAUUGUUAUAGCAAUCGUUGUUUAUUUACGGAUUAAGAAGCGAAGAGGGUAUGAUCAAGAUUCUAGAUCUUUUAGCGAUGAGAAAACUCGUAGAUCCGACAGUAGUACUAGAGUAGUUGUUAGUUGUAAUGUUAAUAAUGGUGGCGGUGGUGGUAGUGAUAACAGUUCUAAUCGGAUUCCGAAGCUCACUCGGCCGUCGCAAACUAGUGCUGAAUUUCUUUAUCUUGGUACGCUUGUUAAUUCUCACGGUGGAAUUGAUUCUACUAAAUCAAGCGCUCGUGAUAAUCCUGCUGAUGGUGAUUCAAAUCUGCGAAAACUGGAUUCGCCGGAACUCCGCCCAUUGCCGCCUCUUGUAAGUGUCGGUGGUAACGGAGGACGGACUCAAAGCAAUCUUAGGAAUGAUAAUUUUGAAAAUGCGGAUGCUGAAUCUUCUAGAGAUGAAGAACUUGAAGAGUUCUAUUCUCCAAGAGACUCGAUCGGCACCGGAUCCGGUUCUAGAGCAGCGUUCGCCGCCGUGCCGGUUGAUACUUAUGACUCGCGGAGAAUAAUUGGGUCCGGUUCUUCCUCAUCAUGCUCAUCUUCAAGUUCGGGUUCUCCGGCAAGGUCUGUUUCUCUAAGUAUUUCGCCGCCGGUUAGCUUGAGUCCAAUAAGAUCAAGGCCAAAAUCGCCGGACCUUGAUGCAAUUCAAACUGCUCCGCCGCCGACUCGCUUAGCUCCUCCGCCCCCACCACCGCCGCCACAGCCUCUGGUAAUCCCUCCUCCAGAUAUCCGAUUAAGCAAAGACAGCCUAGAGUCUUCUCCCAGACUAUCAGAUUCAUCAAGUGAACAAUACUCACCUCCGCCAGCUAGAAUUCCGCCACCUCCACCACCACCACCACCACCAAAGCACUGGGAAAACCCAAGUCCAAGAACUCCAACACCACCAGUUCGACCGCCAGUCUUAAUCACACCGGCAAGACCCAUACCACCAAUCCACGAUCAACCACUGGUUUCACCAAUUGAAUUGCUGCCGGAAAAUCAAGAAAAUCAUGAGACCCCAAAACCAAAGUUAAAACCACUUCACUGGGAUAAAGUAAGAGCAAGCUCCGAUCGUGAAAUGGUCUGGGAUCAACUCAAGUCUAGCUCGUUUAAAUUAAAUGAGGAAAUGAUCGAGUCAUUAUUCAUCGUAAAGACACCAAACUCAAGUAAUUCCAACGAAACAUCCACCACAAAACGCCCAAUUCUUCCCUCACCCAGUGGACAAGAAACCCGCGUUCUUGAUCCUAAAAAAUCCCAAAACAUUGCGAUUUUACUCAGGGCACUUAACGUGACAAUUGAGGAAGUUUGUGAUGCACUUUUAGAAGGCAAUGCAGAUACUCUUGGAACAGAGCUUCUUGAGAGUUUAUUAAAAAUGGCUCCAACGAAAGAAGAAGAACGGAAGCUGAAAGAGUAUAAAGAUGAUACACCCAUGAAGCUUGGGCCAGCUGAAAAGUUUCUGAAAGCUGUUCUUGAUGUACCGUUUGCUUUUAAACGAGUCGAUGCAAUGCUUUACAUAUCCAAUUUUGAUUCAGAGGUCGAGUACCUUAAACGCUCUUUUCAGACACUCGAGGUAGCAUGUGAAGAACUUAGAAACAGCCGAAUGUUUUUAAAACUUCUGGAAGCGGUUCUGAAAACCGGGAACCGAAUGAAUGUCGGGACGAAUCGCGGUGAUGCACACGCGUUCAAACUCGACACACUUCUCAAACUCGUUGAUGUCAAGGGCACAGAUGGAAAAACAACUCUUUUGCAUUUUGUUGUUCAAGAAAUAAUCAAAAGCGAAGGGGCCCGCCUAUCAAAUACCGAAACUAACCCCGAUGACACCAAAUCCCGUAAGCUCGGUCUUCAAAUCGUUGCGGGGAUAAGUUCGGAACUUUCAAAUGUCAAAAAAGCCGCAUCCAUGGAUUCCGAGGUUCUUAAUAGCGAUGUCAUGAAGCUUUCCAAGGGUAUUUCGGACAUUAUCCAGGUUGUUAGGUUAAAUGACACAACAACGCCCUUAGAGACGAGAUUUUCGGGGUCGAUGAAUGGGUUUUUGAAGAUGGCGGAAGAGGAGAUUAUUAGGAUUCAAGCUCAAGAAAGUGUUGCGCUUUCUUUAGUGAAAGAAAUCACAGAGUAUUUCCAUGGGAAUUCAGCUAAAGAAGAAGCUCAUCCGUUUAGAAUCUUUAUGGUGGUGAGAGAUUUCUUGAAUGUUCUUGAUCGUGUUUGCAAAGAAGUUGGAUCCAUAAAUGAACGGAUUGUGAUAAGUUCGGCAUAUAAGUUUCCGAUUCCGGUGAACCCGAAUUUGAAUUUGCCUCCGGUUUUUGGAUUCCAUGGAAGAAGACAAUGUAGUUCUUCGGAUGAUGAGAGUAAUUCAUCGUUCCAAAGGUCGUAGGUAUGGAUAUGGGGGUAUUUUCUUCUUUUGGGAUGUUGUAUUUGUAUACGUAAAAGUAGAAGAUUUUGAACAUUGAUUCGACUAUAGAUAUAUAUAAAUAUAUAUAAUAUGUAUGUAUGAUAUACAGAGGAGUUUGGAAGAAUAAACAAAUCUCUGUAAAAAACCUGGCAUAUCUAGUACUAAAGUUGUUCCAUGGAAUUAGAUUCUUUGUAUCUCCAAUUCCUCUGUAAAUUAAAUGUGAUUUUUUGAUAUCUCAG